CAGUCUAUGCAAGAUAUGCAGAUAAUGGGAGGAGAUGAUCUUUCAAAGCUGACUGGGAAGAAUGUUCUAAUUGUGGAGGAUAUUGUUGGAACUGGAAGGACUAUGAAGGUUCUGCUUAAUAAUAUAGAAAAAUACAAGCCAAAAAUGAUUAAAGUGGCAAGUUUGUUGGUGAAAAGAACAUCUCAGCCUGAUGGGUACAGACCAGAUUAUUACGGAUUUGAAAUUCCAGAUUUAUUUGUGGUAGGUUAUGCCUUAGACUACAACGAGCACUUCAGAGAUUUAAACCACAUAUGUGUCAUCAAUGAUCAUGGCAAAGCAAAAUACAGAGUCUGAAGCAGUAACAUCCUCACCUGAAGAUCUGUAAGCCAGUGAAGCAGAAAUUUGACUACACUCCCUCAAGCAUCUCCCAGAAGAGCGGCUCAACUGACUUGUGUUUAUUUCAACUCAAUAUAAUAAUGGGUUUACUCUAGAGAUACUGAUUAAUAUUUACAGAAGUGAGAGCUCUUAUCUAAAAUGUGAAGUAGAAGGUUUUUAAAGUUACUACUUUUUAAAGUAUUAAAAUUACUACAUAAGAUGCCUUUUUGCUAAUAAUUUGUCUGCCUCAAGUCUUGCUGUGAAUGCAUCUUUUCUUCCCUUAGUCCAUCAUUCUACCCAUUGCAAAU